GGAUUCCUCCCGAUAUGCACCGACAUAGGUGGAGGGGACGAUGCUAGCCAUGCCACCCCAUUGUAUCUUCUUCUGCCCAAACUCCAUCGGCAGCGCUCCGUCAUAAGGCACUUACCCAUAGACUUACACAUACACAAGAAAGUGCGGAAGAAGGCGGGACAAUUCGAGCUCUCCUUCGACACUGACUUCGAUGCCGUGGUAGAGCGUUGUCAUCGUCAACACGGUAUAGCCUGGCUGUACCCUCCUAUAGUGAACUCUCUUAGUGAGGCAGUUAUCGCUAUCUUGACAUAU